CAACGGAAGUGAGCGAGCGAGCGAGCGAGCUCGAGAAAGAAUGGGAGAUGUGUUUGUUGAGUCAGUUUCCGAAAAAGGGCGUCCUCUUCGCUGCUUCUCUCAUGUGCGUCUCCGCUGAGGAAGGGGCGGUCUCAGCGCCACAGCAAAUCCGGAAUUAGACGUUGCUCGUUCGGUUCCGCGGAGGUUCGGUUCGACUCGGAACAGGCUCGAACCUUAAUUAGAAGAAGAAGAAGAAAAAAAAAAAGGGAAGAAGGCUGGAGAAAGGAGUUACAGUGUCGAGUGGAAGGAGGACAAGUCGGAACAGAAGAGAAGUAAAAGUAUAGAUAAGAAGGCAACGAUGCCUCUGGCUCAGCUGGCAGAUCCCUGGCAGAAGAUGGCACUGGGGGGGACGACUGGAGAGGAUACACAUCAGGAUCCUGAAGAUUCAGUGGGUGAAGAUGACUCUCUGCCAGCCUGCAAUGACGAUGUACCAGUAAAGGAGAUUAAUAUCACCCACCAUGUAAAAGAGGGAUCUGAGAAGGCAGACCCACAACAGUUUGAGCUACGCAAAGUCCUGGGACAAGGCUCUUUUGGAAAGGUUUUCCUGGUGAGAAAGAUUAUGGGGCCAGAUGCCGGACAGCUAUAUGCUAUGAAAGUACUGAAGAAAGCUACACUGAAAGUGCGUGACCGUGUCAGGACAAAGAUGGAGAGAGACAUCCUGGUGGAGGUCAACCACCCCUUCAUCGUCAAACUACACUAUGCAUUUCAGACAGAGGGGAAGCUGUACCUCAUUCUGGACUUCCUGAGAGGAGGAGAUCUCUUUACCCGUCUCUCCAAAGAGGUAAUGUUCACAGAGGAGGAUGUUAAGUUCUACUUGGCAGAGCUUGCUCUUGCCCUUGAUCACCUUCAUGGCCUGGGCAUCAUAUACAGAGAUCUGAAGCCAGAGAACAUUUUGCUGGAUGAGGAAGGCCACAUCAAGCUUACCGACUUUGGCCUCAGUAAGGAGUCAAUAGAUCAUGAGAACAAGGCUUACUCCUUCUGUGGGACAGUGGAGUACAUGGCUCCUGAGGUGGUCAACAGGCGGGGACACACACACAGCGCUGACUGGUGGUCGUAUGGUGUGCUGAUGUUUGAGAUGCUGACGGGAACGCUGCCGUUUCAAGGCAAGGACCGGAAAGAGACCAUGACCAUGAUCCUAAAAGCCAAAUUGGGAAUGCCACAGUUUUUGAGUCCAGAAGCACAGAGUCUCCUCAGGAACCUUUUUAAACGCAACCCUUCCAACAGAUUAGGAGCAGGACCAGAUGGUGUGGAGGAAAUCAAGAGGCAUCACUUUUUUAGCACAAUCGACUGGAACAAACUGUUCCGUAGAGAGAUACAGCCUCCUUUCAAACCAGCUGCAGGACGACCCGACGACACUUUCUAUUUUGAUCCAGAGUUCACGGCUAAAACACCCAGAGACUCUCCAGGGGUGCCCCCCAGUGCAAAUGCCCAUCAGCUCUUCAGAGGAUUCAGUUUUGUGGCCAUAACAGAGGAAGACGCACAGCCAAUACCCAAUACUAUUGUACAGCAGCUGCACAGAAGUACAUCCCAGUUCUCAGACACCUAUGAGAUCAAAGAGGACAUUGGUGUCGGCUCAUAUUCCAUCUGUAAACGCUGUGUGCACAAAGGAACUGGCAUGGAGUACGCAGUCAAGAUCAUCAGUAAGGCAAAGAGAGACCCGACGGAAGAGGUGGAGAUCCUGCUGAGAUACGGCCAGCACCCCAACAUCAUCACACUCAAGGACGUCUAUGACGAUGGCCGGUCAGUCUUCCUGGUGACAGAGCUGAUGAAGGGAGGUGAGUUGUUGGACAAAAUCCUCCGUCAGAAGUUCUUCUCUGAGCGAGAGGCCAGUGCUGUUCUCUACACCAUCACCAGGACUGUGGAAUACCUUCACGUUCAGGGGGUGGUGCAUAGAGACCUGAAGCCCAGCAACAUCCUUUAUGUGGACGAGAGUGGCAACGCCGAGUCCAUCAGGAUUUGUGACUUUGGAUUUGCCAAACAGCUGAGGGCGGAGAACGGCCUUCUCAUGACACCAUGUUAUACAGCCAACUUUGUUGCCCCAGAGGUGUUGAAGAAGCAGGGUUAUGAUGCAGCCUGUGACAUCUGGAGUCUUGGAGUUCUGCUCUACACGAUGCUGACAGGCUUCACUCCAUUUGCUAACGGUCCUCAGGACACACCAGAGGAGAUCCUGGCUCGAGUUGGCAGUGGGAAGUUUUCACUCAGUGGAGGAUACUGGAACUCUGUCUCUGCUGAAGCCAAGGAUCUGGUGUCUAAGAUGCUGCACGUUGACCCUCACCAGCGAUUGACAGCGGGUCAGGUCCUGCGACACCCCUGGGUGACGCACAGAGACCAGCUGCCCAAGUACACCCUCAACAGACAGGACGCACUGCACCUUGUCAAGGGCGCCAUGGCUGCCACCUACUCCGCGCUGAGCAGGAACGUUCCGCCUGUCUUGGAGCCGGUCGGCUGCUCCACUUUGGCCCAACGGAGGGGGGUGAAGAAAAUCACCUCCACUGCUCUGUGACCUCACGACCUUAAAACCUCACCUUCUGUCAACUCUGACCUCCAUGUGAUCCUCCCUCCGGUCUGGUGGGACAGACUACUGAUGGACCUGGGAACAGCUAACACCAAAUAGGAGCACAGAAACCAGUGCGCUGCGUAACGGGCCGCCGCAGCGUCUGAUUGGGCUUUCUUACAGCUCGGCUUCACUGAUCUGAGAGCUGUAAUGGAAAAACCUUUCUCGCUCUGUGUGUGUGUGUGUGUGCACACGCUUUGGACAAUCACAGGCCCAAAGACUGCAGGGUGUGUCAGAAAAGCUAAAGUGCUGUAUUUAUUUACUUCAAAGGGAGAAAUCUGACAAUAACAUAUUAUUCUAAGGUUGACAUUUUAAAAGCUGGGAUUAUUUUAGUGUAGUUAGCUGUUGAUGCAUUUAAAUCUGAAGCAGUCUCGACUUCAAGAUAAAAAUCUAAGCGGUGUCAGGCAUCAAGACCUUUGACUUCUCUGGUCAGUUGUUGGUUUGGUGUCUGAUGGUGAGUUUUAACUAUCCCACAUCAAUGCUGAGAAUUAAAACUUUUGAUCACUUAUUUUCCCACUAUGUCCACAUAACGUUGGCUGGGUGUAUUUCAGAGCGAAACCUUUCUGUGCCCGUUAACUUUGAUUUUAAAGCAUCAAAGUUAACAAGAUUGAUUCCCCCUUUUAAUUUUUUUAGUCUGUCAUUCUGUUAGAGCUGCACAAGUCCACUUGUGAUUUGGUGUGCCCACUCCCAGUAAUUAUCAAGAUUUGGGGGGGGUGUUCACCUGUUCUUCCUUCAAUUUGGGUACUUGAGUUCUAAAUGCAGCAUCUCAGUUACAUCUUAAUAUUUUGGGACUCCGUUCAUGCCAUUUGAAAUUACUUAUUGGUUGAUUAGAAGCAUUGAUUAAGUCACCUCUUUUGCCUUAUUGGUAGCAGAGAUAUCCUUAAAAAUGCUUUAUAUUUUUAACAACCUUGACUUUUAAACUAUCUGUUCCAGAAGUUAAUAAUCUGGAGAUGCUCACCUAAAAAUGGAAUGUUUCUACCAGCUUUGGUGAAAAGUUGUUAUCCUGUUUCCUAAUUAAUUUGGGCACAAACACAAGUGAUAACUUACCAAACACACAGGGUAUUGAUGCUUCCAGACAGGCUUAGCUUUACUGAAAAACCGCAACAGUUGUUAAUUUCUCUGUGGGAACGUUUGUCCUGCUGAGGAGUCCUACACCCUCCUGCUUUUUCCACACUACACACAGGCUGUUCUGCGUCUACUUGUGAAAUGGACUUGAGGUGUUUUUGGGGCACUGGAAUACUUCCUAACAACACACGAGCAGCAUCCUGGCAAACUGCAGGCAUCUGAAGGUUGAUGAGCACCUGAACAAACAGCAGCAGUCAGUGGACUUUAGAUAUGUCGAGUAUCUCAGGUUUCUACGGGACUCUUUUUUUUUCUUCUACAGCAGACAAAUGUCCAUAAAAAGCACACUGAUGGGCAAUGAGCUAUUCUGUGAUAUAAUCCCAACCACUGGGUGAACAUUCAGGCAUUUUUAUUUCAAGUUCUCCAGUGUUAAGUAUCCACUUUUUUUUUCAUGUCAGUAAACCCCUGUGAUAAAGCUUCCAAACCAAAACUGCAGCAUUCUGCAGUGUCCAACUGAUGCUUUUAUUCUUUUGACACUGUAACUUGACCCACAUAUUAUAACUCAUCUCAGAAUUUUACUUUGCAACAGUGAUCCUGCUGUAAACAGUGACUGACCCUUCGAGAAGUUCAUUUUUAGUUUAAAAAAAAAAUGCAGAUCAUUAUGAAGCUUUUAUGCUCAGGCUCCAUUGAAAUUAAAGUGAACUAAAGUGGGUUUUUUUAUGUAUUAGUGCAGUGCUUUUUCUUGCUUAUGUUGUCAUUUAUCAAAACUGCACAAGUUUUUUUUUGGUGUUUUAAGUGUGACCACAAACAUUUCUUUUCAGUGCAACUUUCACCUCAAGACAAAAAAAAAUCUUAGCUUCACAGCCCAAAUUUGUGAUUUAAGGAACAGUCAACUUUCACAGGUAGAAUAACCCAACAUCUGAUUAUGAAAAUUCUUGUCAAAUUUCUUUAUCUUAGUUGGUAUUUUAAGCAAUAACCCAAACCUCAAUUCUUACAUGGAAACAUCUCAGUAUCCCGUGUCUGUUAAUCCUUAAGAUUCCUGUUUGCUGAAUGUUUGACAUCAUAUAAGGAUGUAACUUCACUGCUCUGUGGAAAUGUUAGACUUUCUUAAUGUUUUCUAUAACUGUUAUUGUUGUACAGCCAUGGGGAAGGAAGGUAAGAUGACUGAUUUUACUUUAAUUAUGAACAUCUUUCUCCUCUUCUGUUGGAUUCAGGCCUGCUGCUACACCACUUUUUUUUUACCUGGACUUUCUAUUAAAAAUAAUAAAAGGACAAUCAA